AUGGUUUUGAUCGCAGCUUGCACUGCCUUGACUACUGCCCAGCCCACACGCUCCAACUCCGCAGGCCUUGAAGCCCGUGAUGAUCUCCUUGGGCCAGCUACUUGCCCCAGCGGCGACGAGUUUGCCAUUGACGAAGAGGAAAGUGCUUCGGGCGCCGAGGGGUUCAAGCUCUGGGUUGAGCAAGGCGCCGACGGAGCGAUCGAUCUUUCUGGUAACUUCAAGGGACAGAUCUCUAAAACUCACAAUGGCAUAACCUUCUUUGCUUGUGAUUACAAGAGUGGAGGAAAGGGCAGUUAUAUCAACGGCAACUUAGUACAGUCGGUUCUCCGCAAGGACGCAUAUCUCGACAGCAAGUGUGGCCAUGGCAGAGCUGGUUACGAAAGCAGCAAUGACCUCAGCAUUGGCCGUACCUUCAAUGGCGACCACUACUGUUAA